AUGACCGACCGGAAUGCUGCUGCCAUGGCCAUGGGCAAGAGCGUCAAGCAAGAGCUAGCCAAAGAUGACGAUGGCAAGACCGUGAAUCGCGACAAAAGCUCGAAUACAGCCGCUCCAGGCAAUCAUAAGACACCUACUAAGAAGAGACGUAAAGUCAACCACGCUUGCGUUUACUGCCGACGAUCUGAGAGGCCAUGUACCAGAUGUAUCAAGCGCAACAUUGGCCAUCUCUGCCACGAUGAGCCUCGCGAUGCCGACUCCAAGAAGGCAAAGAGUGUCCAGAGCACCCAAAGCAUACAGACCCCUUCAGUAGUCGAUGAAACGGAUGCACAAUCCGACAUGGCUCGUAGUUCCAUCUCCAGCACUAUGGGCCCACCUCCCCCCACGUUUGAUACGACGAGGCAGCGAGCAGGUUCCAAAUCUUUUGGGGGAGUGUUGGGCCAAGGCAGCCCGCUGUCCAUUGUGCAACCCAGCCAAGUCUCGGGGCUGCAGGGCAAUGUGUUGAACAACGGCAACAGUAACGCGAAUCAAUUCGCGGGUUUCCAAGACGCAUGGAUGACAGCCCAAAACCAUUUUCAUGAUAUGCCCAGCUACCACCCCAACUACAUGAUUGCCCCAGAAGUCACUCACGAGUUCAAUCUUCUCAACGACUUCCUUCAUACUAGUCUGCUUGAUGACGGCGGUGUGCCGCCAGAGGAUCAACAUAGUCCAGCGUUCAAGAGGUCGAGCCAGAGUCAGUCGGAGAUGCUUCCCAGGUUUGGAAAUAACAACAACGCCAACUCCAUGGCAGGCGGUGGUUCAAGCACCAUGCCAAACGUGUCAGGAGGAGCAAUGCUGCCACCCCCACCGAAUGCCGAGGGCAAGAACAUUCCACGACCGGGAAGCGUUGUGCCCGCUGACAAGGCCCGCGAAUACUAUCUACAAGCUGCCGACCCGUCGGGAAAUGAUACGCCUGAGGAGCGUAUGGCACGUGUACUCAAGGCCAAGUACGACGCUGGACUACUCAAGCCGUUCAAUUACAUCAAAGGUUAUGCUCGCUUGGGUACAUAUCUCGAUUCGCACAUCGCGGCGUCAUCCAAGCAAAAGAUUCUGCGGACAAUCGACCGGUUUCGGCCCUUGUUCCGAGAAAAGGCACAUGCUUUGACGGAUAUGGAGCUCGUGUACGUUGAAAUGUGGUUUGAGAAACAGCUCAUGGACUAUGAUCGAGUUUUUGCCAGUAUGGCUGUCCCAGCGUGCUGCUGGAGAAGAACCGGCGAGAUCUUCAGGGGCAACAAGGAGAUGGCGGAGCUGAUUGGCGUAUCAGUAGCCCAACUCAGAGAUGGCAAGAUUGCGUUGCACGAGAUUCUCACAGAAGAAUCUAUGGUGCGUUACUGGGAAGAGUUUGGCACGAUUGCCUUCGACCCAGCGCACGAGACCCUCUUGACAGCUUGCUCUCUAAAGAAUCCUAAUUCUGGAUCGAGCCACCCGAUUGUGAAAUGUUGUUUCUCAUUCAUGAUACGAAGGGACGAACACAAAUUGCCAGCUUUGAUUGUUGGUAACUUCUUGCCACAUGACCCGCCAGCACAAUAG